GAAACGCACGCUGAAGCUUUCAGGGUUCUGGAAUCAGUGGAGCGAUCGUUUUGUCUUGAUCUCAUCGAUCUCUUCUCCCCUUCAAGGACUCCACAUGGACUCGAUCAAUUCAAACCCUAACCCUAAUAUCGCCAUUGAAACCCUAGUUCCUUAUCCUCCUGAUUAUUCUACUCCCGAAAAUUUUGAAGACCGCGAUCGUGACUCUUCUCUGCCGCCCAUUUCCGGACCUGCUGCUUCAGAUUAUCCCAACUCCUCUUUAUAUUUGGGACAAGAAAUUAAGCAAUCCCACGGUCGAAACUCCUCGAUUGCUCAUAGUGAAAAUCCGGGGUUUAGUUCUGGAAACGGAUAUGCGGACAACCAAGCGGCCGAUGGUGCUCGGAUUGGUGCCAAUUAUGUGCCAAAGGUGGAGAUUCAGAGGCCGCUGUUGUCGGAGAAUGGAUUUACGAACACUCAUAGUGGAAACGACAAGGACUUCUCCGGUGGCGAAGAGGAGACCACGAGUAGGCGCCGGCGUCGAAGCCGAUGGGAUCCGCAGCCGGAGAUUAAUGACCAGAGUGGCGGUGAAUCUGGGAGCGGUGCGCGGAAGAGGAAGUCCCGUUGGGCUGAUGACGAUCCCAAGCCCGUAAUUCAACUUCCUGAUUUUAUGGGAGGUAUUGAAUUCGAUCCUGAAAUCCAAGCUUUGAAUAGUAGGCUUCUAGAAAUUAGUAGAAUGCUUCAAUCCGGUAUGCCUCUAGAUGAUCGGCCUGAAGGUGCUCGUUCGCCUUCCCCGGAGCCAAUAUAUGACAAUAUGGGAAUAAGAAUAAAUACUAGGGAGUAUCGUGCCCGAGAAAAAUUAAACACAGAGAGACAAGAGAUAAUUUCUCAGAUAAUCAAGAAGAACCCUGCAUUUAAGCCUCCAGCAGAUUACAGGCCGCCGAAGCUUCAGAAGAAGCUUUAUAUACCGAUGAAGGAAUACCCAGGUUACAAUUUUAUUGGGUUGAUUAUUGGUCCUAGAGGUAAUACCCAGAAGAGGAUGGAGAAGCAAACUGGUGCGAAAAUUGUAAUUAGGGGCAAAGGGUCUGUAAAAGAAGGUAGACUGCAACAGAAGAGGGACCUAAAGCAUGAUCCUGCAGAGAACGAGGAUUUGCAUGUUUUAGUUGAGGCUGAAACGCAGGAAGCACUAGAGGCUGCAGCGGAGAUGGUAGAGAAGCUCUUACAGCCUGUCGAUGAAGUGUUGAAUGAGCAUAAGAGGCAGCAGCUUAGGGAACUUGCUGCCUUGAAUGGAACCAUAAGGGAUGAAGAAUUCUGUAGGUUGUGUGGCGAGGCAGGGCACCGUCAAUAUGCCUGCCCCUCGCGGACGUCGACAUUCAAGAGUGACGUACUUUGUAAAAUAUGUGGUGAUGGUGGGCAUCCAACAAUUGAUUGCCCUGUGAAGGGGACAACUGGGAAAAAGAUGGAUGAUGAAUAUCAGAAUUUCUUGGCAGAGUUGGGAGGAACGAUUCCCGAAUCAGCAACCAAGCAGAACCCUACACUGGCAAUAGGCCCUGGCGCUUCAGGAAGCAAUCCUCCUUGGACUAACAAUGCAACUGGCGCUAGCAACACACCACAAGCAGGGGUUGGUGCAAACGGAGUGAAGCCUGCUAAGGAAUAUGACGAUACAAACUUGUAUGUAGGCUAUUUGCCUCCCACUUUUGAUGAUGAUGGUUUGAUUAGAUUAUUUUCAACAUUCGGUGAUAUUGUGAUGGCUAAGGUUAUUAAGGAUCGGGUUUCUGGCUUGAGUAGAGGUUAUGGAUUUGUGAAGUAUUCUGAUGUUCAGAUGGCUAAUAAUGCAAUUGCCAGCAUGAAUGGCUAUCGUCUUGAGGGCCGAACAAUUGCUGUUAGAGUUGCUGGCAAGCCACCGCAGCCCACUGUGCCUCCUCUCCCUCCAUCAUCGGCUGUGCCCACUUAUCCCGUUUCAAGCCAGCCUGUUGGUGUCUAUCCAUCCCAGCAGUUUAUGCCGGGUGGUCCUCUUGGGAAUGUUCCUCCACCCACAAGUUAUGCAGGAACUCCAGUUCCAUGGGGUCCUCCGGUUCCUUCUUCAUAUGCUUCUUAUCCCCCUCCACCUCCGGGUUCUAACGUCUAUCCGGCUGUUCAGGGUCAGGCCAUGCCUCCUUAUGGCAUCCAGUACUCUCAGGUCCAGACAGGUCCCCCAGGUGCUCCAUCUCAACCUGUUGUGACUUCGGGUGAAGCACAUCAGAGUUUUCCUCCAGGAAUGCCAUCUGAAAAUCCUACUAGUCAGCCAUUACAAACUACGGCAUAUGGGAACACUUUAUAUUCGAUGCCACCAAGUGCUCAACCACCCUACCCCCCUUCUUCGUAUGGUUACUCACCUUAUUAUAGUGCAGUUUCUACUCAUCCGUUACCCAUGUCUGCAUCAAGUACAGAUCAACCUCAACCACCCAGCGGGAGUGUUCCGUGGGCUACAAAUCCUCCAAUGCCUCCUCCCAUGCCGUCUGCAGAGAAGACAGCAUCAGGCGCAGAUGCAGAGUAUGAAAAGUUCAUGGCAGAUAUGAAAUAAUUGAAGUUCUAAUGGAGCAUGCUUUGAAUUUGGAGGAGGACUGAUGUUUCUUGGAGCUGAUUACUUACCUCUUGCCAUGACUUUGUUGGAAGUUUGGGACUCACCUCUUUAACCUUGCUGUACUGUCUUGACAUUUGCAGAGAUUCAGGCUAGAAGUCCUUGUCACAUUUGCCUUGUAUUGAAGGAGCAAAUUUGAUCAUAUUAUUGAAGGAUUUGGUUCUGUUCUUUGUGCAUUUGCUAUCUAACAGUGUCUGGUUAAUUUUUGCUUUUCUAUUACUAUUUUGUGUUUUUACUUUUUCGUUACCUACUUCACAGAUUUAGGUAAUGGUACUUCUUGAAACAUGCUUGUUGCUUAUUUAUCCUAACAGUUUAUUGAUCAUUGUUUCCUGUUUUGACGUUCUAAGUAAUCUCUUAUUGUCAUGGUGUUGAUGCCUACCAUCAAUUGAUCCACAGGUAAUCUUGGCCUCAGUUUCCAUGGGAAUGGUGUGGUACAUGGAAGAAUUGCUUUAACAUUUCUUCUGUUAGAUGUAUGUUGAUUGCUUGGGCUAACCCGUUUCUGUUCAGCAUAAUAUGCUUUCUGUUUUAAGGGUUCUAUAUUAGUUAGUAUUACGGUGGUGGUGAUGGUAUUCUUCAUGCCUUCCAUCAAUCCAUCUUGAAGGGAUCAUGCCUUAGAGUUUUGACUCAUGGGGGUAUGUGGAAAAAUUACCUUGAUUUAUAGCGUCUUAAUCAUUUCUUCACGUUUAUAACAUAUUCUGAUCACUUUUUCUAGUUCUCUUAUGGCAGGUUAAAGAUGUCAGAGUUGUUAUAUCACAGGCUAGUCAGUUUAUAUAUUAUAAUUCUAUUCAUUGCCAAUUUUUUGUUGACUUGUGGACAAGUGCUAGAUAACUUCUAUUGGUGUCGACUAAUUCAUUCAGUUGGAUAGUGAUAGGGUUCAAGAUACUAACAACUCGAGUCAAGAUCAGUCGUUCACGUAGUAGACUACCAAGUUCAAAUUGAGUCCAUCCUACAAAAUUUAGCUCCUGAUUUUUCUGAUCUUUUAUAUUGUCUAUGAUUAUGUGGAGCUGUAGUAUGAUAUUAUACAUUCCAUGAAGAGAUUAGUUUAGUCGAUGGAUAAUGGGUACUUCCAUUGUACCAAUGGAGAAUCCGAACAAGUGUUGCUGCUCAUUGGUUUCCGGGAGCAUACAUAGGGCCUUAUCAUUUUUCUUAAGUACACCCUUCAUUUUUGUUCACUAACCGUUACCACCCUAAGCUAAAAGAUUCAGGAGUAAUAUAUAUUUUUGGUACUUCUUGCAAUCUUUCAUUCAGAGGAGACUCAUAAGGAGAGUUUUCUAUCAAGGGAAAACUCCAUCCUAAAAGAGGAGUUCUUAAAGUUUCAUGUGCUUGUUUGAGUGGUUUUAUUUAGUUUCUGUGCAGCGUAGCCAUCAUCAUAUAUAAUUGAAGGCCUUAAAUGUUUUAGAUGCGAAAGGAUGCAUCUCUAGGGAGGAUUGAGAAUGUCCUCAGCUGUUUUUGUGACUUUUGCUAACUAACAUGAUUGUGAGUUGUUAAGGUCGUCAUUAGAUGAUAAAAGUGGCACUGGAUGGUUCCUGCUGUCUGCCAUGGAGGGUAGUGGAUUCUUGCUGUUGAAGAACUCGAUUUACAAUUGUUUGUUUCGUACGUGGAGGAUUUGGUGGUGUUUUCAGGGAAAGUGCUAACUGCAAAUAUUAUCCCUGGGAGAGUUGUAUCACUUCAUGUUACUUUUGGAGUCUGAUACCAUAUACCUUUCUUCUUCAUGGAUCAUCUCUGGUAUAAUAUCAAUAGACCAAACUUUUAGAACAUUCU